CGGGCGAUCAUGGACGAAAGCACUCGGGCGAGUGCCUUCCGAGUAUCUACUAUCGUGGCACGUUGUUGAGUAAACUACUUUCGGAAAAUGAAUCUCGUAUCUGGCCUUAUCUAGAUGUCGUAUUAUGGUACUAUUUAGGUGAAAUCCGUGAAAUUGGAUUUCUAAAAACCAUUAAACUCUUGAUGCAUUAGCAUCUAUCCGAUUAGUCAUCUUUAACCGUUGUAAUAACCGAUUAUUACACCGGACGGAUUUACCUCGUAAAUUACAGUUCUUAUAAUAUUCUAUAAAAUCAGACAUCUGAUGAUCAAUUCAAACAAUGUGUCCAUUUUGUGCAAUGUACAAAUAUACAACAUUCUGUAUUUUGAAAGAGAGAUAUUUCUUAUUUCGAAUCGUGCACAGUAACAGUAUAUCAGACUCGAUAUCAGAAUGGAAUAACUCCAAUAUGUUCUUGUUAGAGCACGUCCCACUUUCGCUCUGACGUUGUCGACUGUCGUGUUAGCUGUAUGGAUAUAGCAUCCGUUCACACAGAAUCCUAAUAUAUUGAAUUUUCUUCAAACGAUUGAUAAAUUGAGUGCUUGAAGCACUGUGCAAUACAUGUGAAGCUCGUCGCGAAGAGAGAGCUGACAAAUGCUUCCUUUGUACAAUGAGAAAUCUACUUUGCGACGUCACUGUUGGGUAGUGUUGGCCUUUAGGCUUAGACAAUAUCCAACAGUUUAAUAUAUCGAGUUUUAGAAUAGAUUUCAGUUCAGUUAAAGACCCAUCAUGUUAUCGUGUUAUUAUAUUCUCUUAAAAAUUCUCUUAAAAAUUAGAAAAUAAAAUUUAAGAAUUGGGGUAUGAAUAAUAAACGAUACAAAUCUUUCUCUUUUAUAUAAUAUCUCUUAUUAUCCAGUAUCUAUUUCUUCCUAUUACGUCGUGUGGAUUCUAUUGGUUUUAUAAUUUAGCAUGAACAUUAACAUAAUAUAUAAGUAUUACUAUUGCAAACAUAAGUAUAUAAUAAAUUUUUAAAAAUGUUAUCUUGCUUGUAUUUUGUUUCAAAGUGUACCGCAAUAUCCAAAACAAUACGCAAUAGCAAAAAGAGAAGAAUUUCUACUCAUCUCGGCUGAAGCAAUUCUCGCUUUUGCGCGCCACUAUUGCGUUUUCUACUGACCUCACUAGACAGUUUAAACAAUAUUCAUUCAUGACAUAUCUAUCAACAACUCGAUAAGCAUAAACGUUUCGACCUACAUAAAACAACGUACGCCAAGUUUAUCGGAGCACUUGACGGAGUCUCCCCGGUUCCAAGUAUCAUUAGAGAAAGACCGAUUCAUUCGUCCUCCGCGUGCUACGCCACUGCCGGGUCGUAUUGGCCGUCGGCGAUGGAGGGGUGCGGCGAUGCCUCAGUAAACGCCAAGCGCUCGAGCCGUCGAUGCCACGGCGAAGCGGUUAUACGAGAGAGACUACUCGCGAUACGAGGAUACCGGCGUUGUAGUGUUGAACGUUGACGAAACGAUCGACGUAGCCGACGACUCGUGUCGUGGCUCGACUCGGCGUCGCGGAAAUCGUUCCGCAGUCCGGCAGCACCGACGCCGAUUCACACUGGGAAGUCGCGUACGCGCCCGUGUGCCGUACACGCAUAUUCACCACACUCGUCCGCCUCUCUUCGCAGUGUGCGCGCCGUCGUAGUCGCGUUGCUUGGCGCGCGGCAAUGCUCGUGCGCGCGUGUGAGUGCGCGGCCGCGCGCAGACGUGCGUUUGGCACGCUCGCGUUGCGCAACGAUACUUUCGCGUGCGUUUAACGUUCGUUAUCACCGCGCGUGUUUGUGUACGUGUAUAUGUGCGGUGUCUGUGUGAUAAUUCCGUGUCCCCUACGUGCUUCUUCCCUUGCCUCUCCUGCAGGCCGGCAUCGAGGCGACGUCCGCGACGACGAGGUGCACGGUGUCGUCCUCCUCGGGAUACGGAUGCUGUGCUGGAGCAACGGCGCCUGUCCGCACGUACUCGACACACGGUUUGUAAGCGUUUCCGUGGGAUUUAUCUCGAUAGCAGCAAUUGUAGACUGCAAAUACAGUACUGGUGAUCGGAAGCGCAUCGAUCAGUCGAGGCACGGUUCUAUCGGGAUAUCGAAGAGAACCGCAUGCUGUAGACUGACGUCGAUCAGGAGGAUCGCUUCGGAGGACAUGGAUUAACUCGCGACACGCGGGAGUCAGAAGAAGAGGAGCUUCACCGGAGACGUCGCUUCGCUACCAUCCUCGGAUCUCAGGAAUCCCGAGAGCGCGGAUGGUCGCCGAGAUUCCCGACGACGUUGGAAGUAAUCACAGAGUGGUGUCGGGUAGUGUGUUCGUGAUUGCGACAGCGAAAGGGGGGCAAGAGCAGUGGCUGUGAUUGUGGUGUCGUGUCGUCGAGAUCAGUGUGUUGUCGGUGAAGAGUGGUGAGAAGGGUAUUAUCGGAUCGGUUGCUCGGAUUGCGAGUCGGCAGCAAGCUACGAGAAUUAACGACAGGCGAGCGAGCGAGCAAGCGGGCGCGAGAGAGUGGUGAAGUGGAAAUCGAGGUUGAUCGUGAACGCGGUGAAGAGGAGGCCAGGGUGUUACGCGAUAACGGUGACGCGAGGAACGUGGCAAGGAGCGGGAGGAAAAAGGGAUACACGUGGGAUAUAUAUCACGAAUUACGUCGAGGCGAGAGUAGCCCGCGAGAGAGUGAGUGAUGUGUUCGAUGGACGAGGCGCGUCUCGCGGGCGGUGGUCGGGGUAAUGAUAACGCGUGUGAUCGCGCGCGCUGCCACUGUUACUUGGGAUCCAAAGUGAGAAAAGGCGGGCAGUCGGUGACCAGGCUGGCGGGCGCCGGGGAUACGUUUCCAAGGGCAUGGCGACCACGCCACUAGGCGGUCGCCUCCCUAACGUAAACCGUAAAGGACCAUCUCCGUACAUCGGUGGUGGUGGUGCUAGUAGUAGUAGUAGUAGUAGUGGUAGUAAUAGCAGCAGCAGCGGUAGCGCCAACAACGGCAACGCCAAUAGUAACGGUAACAGCGGCAGCAACAACGGUUUAGGCAGCAGCAACACCGCUGGCGGUCAGUCGAGGAGGCAGGAGAGAGCGUUGAUCGGCAGGGAGCACCGCGAUCAUCGACACCAUCAUCACCAUCAUCACCAUCAUCACCACCAUCAUCAUCAUCAGGGUCGGGACAAGUCAUCGUCGUCGUCGUCGUCGUCGUCGUCGUCGUCGUCAUCGUCAUCGGGCCAGCAGCGUGAACCUAAUAAAGCAAGCACAGUGGCUGCUAACGCCGGUGAGCUGGAUUCGGCCGCAACGAAUGCGACCAAUAACUUCGAGUACGACGACAACGAAUGGGAUAUCGGCAUAGGUGAUCUGAUAAUCGACCUUGAUGCGGACAUUGAGAAGACGAGGGACGAGAAAUUGAGCUCGGGGACAGGCAUGGCUUCUACGCCUGCCUCGGCAGCAUCGGCACCGAAUAACGCGAAUCAUCAUCAGUUACAAAACUCAUCGAGCGGCCUCAACUCCACCAACUCCUCGUCCUCAUCCGUCCCGUCAGCUGGUACGAACGCCGGCAGUCAAUCGUCGUCAUCCACAUCGUCGUCGUUGUCGUCGUCCUCAUCGUCAUCAUCGUCGUCUUCGUCGUCAUCGUCCGGUUGUGGCGUUAACUCUUCGUCGACGCGCUCCAACAGCCCCGGAAGCGGCAAUAGCAGCGCGAACGGUGCUGGUAGCGCGAACGGCGCCAGCAACGCGAACGGCACCGCAAACGUAGUCACCGGUCCCGGUAACAAGCAAGCGUCGAGCGUGAACGUGAGCGGCGUCAACGCCGUGCACGGUAACGCCGGUAAUCCCGGCAAGAUGGCCGUUGAGCACUCGGUCACCGCCGAUAAGGGCCUCAAGAUGAAGAUCAAGCGUACGAAGCCUGGCACCAAAACGAGUGAGGCCAAACACGAGAUCGUCAAGUCGAAUGAGAUCAACGGCACCGCCUCUCAGGACUCGAACAACGGUAGUGCCGCGUCCGCGACGUCGUCAUCGUCUGCGACCGGCUCGGGCUCCGCGUCCGCUCAGGUCUCACAGAACUCACAGAACUCGGAAUGCGGCGCGGCCGGCGGUCAGUCGUCCUCGUCGAACAAAUCGAAGCCGAGUCACUCGCCGGCAUCGGCCGGCGGUACCGGCGCCGCGCCUUCGUCUAAUGCGGGCUCGAAGCGUGGCUCGAGCGGUCAUCGGCGCGAUAAAGCGCGUGACAAGCACGAGAAGCCCCAGAGCAAUCACACCCCCCAACAGACCAAGCCGGAAAUGAACGGCACCGCGCGACCCGCGCCACAAGGCCAGAACUCGGCCGGUGGUGCGACACAGUCUCAGGGCCCAACGCCGGCCGCUACGGCGCCGCAGCAGACCCAGGGACCACCGCCCAGUUCGAGGACAGGUUUCUCGGUGUCACAGGGCCCCGGGCCACCCGCGACCAGCGCGGCGGCACCUUGUCCGCCACCUAGUCCGGCAAGUGCCACGCCAACCGGCGCAGCGGCUAAGCCGGAGCAGACCAAAAUCGCCGCGGUACCGGGCCCACCCUUGACGACUCCCGCCGAGGAGGCCAUGGACACGGCCGCCAGUCCUCCGCCCGCGAAAAAGAUGAAGACGGAACCAAAGGACAUGUCCGACGUUUGUGUUGGGACCAGCGUGGGGACCAUUACAGAACCGGAGUGUUUGGGGCCCUGUGAGCCCGGUACCUCCGUCACCCUCGAGGGCAUCGUUUGGCACGAGACUGAAGGAGGUGUAUUAGUAGUGAAUGUGACGUGGCGUGGUAAAACCUAUGUCGGGACGUUAUUAGACUGCACGCGUCACGAUUGGGCACCACCCCGCUUCUGUGACUCGCCUACUAGUGACUUAGACGCUCGCACGCCGAAGGGUCGCGGUAAACGUGGCCGGGCGGCAGCUAACUCUACGCCUGGUAACGACUUGAGCAACUUUACUGAGACGAGAAGUUCUGUGCACAGUAAGCUCCGCAACGGUGGCAAAGGUCGUAGAGGUGCGCAAGGUUCACCAGCUGCGAGUCCGAGCCCAGCGGCGUUCGUACCACCUCGGCCAGAUCCGGCAGCGAAGCGAAAGUCACGCGGACCGGAGGAGGAGCAGGAGAAGAACAAGCGACGUGCGCCACCUCCUACACCUCCUAGUGGUUCGCCACCUGCCAGUCCUGUAUUAUUGGAGUGUCCCGAGCCGAAUUGCAGCAAAAAGUACAAACACAUUAAUGGGCUUAAGUAUCAUCAGAGCCAUGCGCACGGUGCGGCUGAUGACGAUGACACUAAGGAGGGCAUCACCAGCAUGUCGGAGAACGAUGAGAGCAACAUUGAAGCGCCAAGCCCUGCCACACCCGUGAAAUCGCCAGCAGACAAACCCGAAGGUACGCCGGUGAGGGCAGCAAGUCCGGCGGUAGCAGGUUUGCCACCGGAGACACCGCCUCCACCUCCGAGGGUGCCAUCACCAAGCAUAGAACCCUCUACGGCUGUGCUUGCAGACAAGAGCAUCGUUAAACCGGGUGUACUAAGGUUCGGUCAAGAUGAUUUGCCAGCGCCCACGUCUACGGCACCAUCAUCGAGGCAGCAGCAAACUGUGCAGCAGCAACAGCAGCAGCAACAGCAGCAGCAGCAGCAGCAGCAACAGAAUCAAUCGUCAUUAGUCUCGUCGAACCCUCCUCAGAGCCCCAGUCCCCAUCCCAGUCAAUCACCCAGGCCCGUGCCUUCGCCGCAUCCAAAUACGAAUAUUCCCCAACCCCUCAACAUACCGCAGCCGCCACAGCCGUCGCAAGUACAACAAUCACAUCAGUCGCAGAAUCCGCUGUUGCAACAGGCACAACAAGCGCUACAACAGGUUAGCCAAACGUCGCAGCAGUCCUUGCAGCCAAUUGUUGGCAGCCAGCAGCAACAGCAACUGCAGUCAUCGGUUCAACAACUGCCACCAGCACAUCAGCUGCAAUCAGUGCAGCAUCCUCUGUCGGCUCAACUGGGCCAGCCUGCGCAGGCCCAUGUAGUGCAGCCAUCCGCGCUGCAACAGCAGCAGCAACAGGCUAGUUUGCAGAGUAUAGCGAGUCAGCAUCCGGGUCUACAGAAUCUGACAAGCCAAGUAUCACAGCAGGUGGCCGGUCUGCAAACAGCGCCGGCACCGCCGGGUCACCCGGGUCAGGGCGUGCAAUCGCAUUUGCAACAGUAUCCGAGCGCUGUAUCGUUGCAUGCUGCUGCGGCAAAAAUGCCACAAUUCAAGGUAAAGCCUACCGCGGCGCUGAUGCCGGAACAGGAUAAGAGUAAGACGAGUACGGACGCGCGCGCACCCAAGCCGCAGGGCUAUAAAAAGAAAUCGCGAAAAUCACCUGGUGGCAGUCCGCAUCCGUCGCCACUCGAGGCGCCGAUCGUCGAUUCGGCGCGUGAGGAUGUACAGAGCCCGGCCUAUUCGGACAUAUCGGAUGACGCGGCACCGGUACUCGAGGCUGAAUCAGCUGAUAAAACGAAACAGAAUCAGGAGAAGGACAACAAGGCGACGGCGCCAGCGCACUUGCCUCAUUUCAAUAUAUAUCCGUACUAUGGUCAACCGCCUUACUUGGUGCCUAACGUGCCAGAUAGUAAACCGGUAGUGGACCAGAAGCCGAGCGAUCUCACGCCCAAACAGGAUAUCAAACCGCUCAACAUACCGCAGAUGCCUUCGAUGGCGAGCUUGCAGAGCGUCGUAUCAGAGAAAGAGAAGAAAGAGCUGAGCCAGCCGGUACCACAGCCGACACAACAGCCUCACUAUUAUGGCGGUUAUGGCGGAUACAUGCCACCAGGCUAUCCUUAUCAGCCGCCACAACCGAUGUCGCAGCAACAGCAACAACAACAAAGUCAGCAGUCCCAGGAUCAGGAGGCGCAUGAGCAAAAAGCUAAGAUCAAACAGGAACCGCAGCCGCAGCCGAGUCUAAAGGACAAGCAGCAUGAAAAUCAUCAGAUACUCAAGGAGAGUAUCGAAAUGAAGAGCCAGAUGAGCCCGUAUCACGUCUAUCACGGCUCGCAGAGUCAACGAGCGGCACCGCCACCUCCACCGGGACCUGUUCAAGACGAUAGAAGGUAUUAUCUAUAUCCUGGUGAGCAGAGGCGGAAGGAAGAAUCGAGCAAGCAGAGUCAACAAGCAAAGGCACCACCACCGAGUCCGAAGCAUCAGCCGAAGCAGGAAAAGCCGCAGGAUCUUGGCAAGAGCGAGGACUCCAAGAGCAAGCAGGAAGGCGUAAAGCCAACGAUGGAGACCCAGGGACCGCCGCCGCCGCCUACCUCGCAGUACGCUUAUAUACACCCCAGCUAUAUGCAGCCGCAACACUAUGGUGCGCUGCCAUUUGAUCCGGGCCACCCUAUGUAUCGCGGUCUCAGUCCCAUGCUUGUGCCUGGCCCGUAUUCGAGUAAUCCCUACCUCCACCAGUUGCCCAGGUAUCACGCGCCGGAGGAUCUUAGUCGUCCGCCUGGCAAGGCGCUGGAUCUGUUGCAGCAUCACGCCAAUCAGGCGGCGUAUUAUUCGGCGCACAAGAUACACGAACUCCAGGAACGCGCGCUCAAGUCACCGACACCCAAGACAUCCGCAGCAUCUGCUAGUCCGUCGUCGGCAGGCCCAACCCCAGCUCGACCACCGAGCGGUCCGCCUACGUCGGUUGCGGGUCCGGGUCCGCCACCGGGUCAGGGCCAGCAAUCGUCUGGCAAGCAGCAGGGUCAGCCGGGUAGCCAGCAACAACAGCAGGGCGCGGUGGACGCCAGCGGCGGCAACCUCGGCAAGGAUACUAGAUCGCCGCCGCCACAACGACACGUGCACACGCAUCAUCACACCCAUGUGGGCCUGGGUUAUCCCCUGUUGACGGGACAGUACCCCGCUCCCUACGGAGGUAAGCCUCUUGUCCGACCCUGACAGUAAGGCGACCCGCGGGACCCAUCGAAGCGAGAAUCGCAGAAAAAACGAAAGGGAACCGUGAGCGUAAUGAGCAAAUGCAUACGUUGUGCGUGCGUGUGUUUAGGGCAACUUUUGCGUUGCGCCGUCGGCGUAUCGUGCACUAUGUGAACUCUGACUAUCGAUGAAAGGUGUAUCACUAAUUGUUUGCGACUGAUCUCCAAGACAGUACGUUUUGCCAAUAGUGGAAGUGACCGUACGUCGCGACGUGUAUUUAGACUUUUAUUACCGUCGCAUCGACUCGAUAGCUUUUAUUAAAUCGAAGUUUGGAUUCUUCAGAAACUUCGCGUUAAAAGUCGGCCUCUAUAAAGCUAAGUGAACGAUAUGAUAUAACUGCAUUUUAAACAUGUACAUUCGUGCACUGAUGUGUUCGAGGUCGAAUCGAGAUGGGGAUGACUCUAUGACGGCGAAACAUUUUUAGUUUUGGAAUGAAUCUGGACGUUGUCGUCUGAUAAAAACGGGUAAACUCGGCCAGGUAUUAUUUAGCGCCUGAGUAUCUAAACCGUACACCAUAUUGGUGCAUAAGAGAUGAAGAGAAGUAAAAAGGAAAAAAGCAACUUCGAAUCCUGAUUUGCAACAGGAACUCGCAGCGACAGGAGCCCUCCGUUCGAGAGUUGCGAUCCACGCGCCGAGUCUCCACCGAGGUACUAUUUUAUUACCAGACCAAUAAGAGACGCGUUUCUUCUUUUGUACAAAGGAAAAAAAGAAAAAAACAGGAGAAUCGAACCUCUUCUAUGUGGGUACCGUGUUGAGAAUACCGGGACCCAGAAACGACGCUUGUAAAUAAUUUAUCUUCGAUUGUACAUUCUGCGAUCAUGAGAGGCGACUCGCGCUACUGGCGGUGCAUUUUUUUAAUGUGUAUACCGGGCGUCGCGGGCAUAGCGCGCGUUCUCUUUACGACGGAUUCCUGAAUACAGAGUUUGCAACUCGUCUUUUCUGUCGAGGAUUUAUUUUCGCUUUCACUUUCAAAACUAUCUCACACGAUUGAAUAUUUUAAAUUAAGUUCAUCUCUUAAUUUAGCCAAAGAUGAAGACCUGCUUUGCGCCUACGCAUUCAUCAUUUUAUUCAUUAAAAUGUUUUGAUCAUCGGAUUACUCCGAAUUUGAAUUAAGUUAUUUUUAAUAUCAUUUCGCUUGAUAUAAUCGGCAAUGCCUGUAAUCAAGAGAAAGUGUGCGAUGCCGUGGACAUCUUGUAUAUUUAUACAUAUAUACAUAUACAUACAUGUAUGAGUCUUGUAGUGAAUUGGAUAUUUUGGGAAUAUUGGAAUAUAAGUGCGGCCGCGUGUGUGUGCGUGCGUGCGUAGAUUAGCCAUGUAAGCUGUGUACCGCAAGUAGGGCGCAAGUAGACAUUAGACGUAUAGUUCAGACUGUGAUAAUUAUUUAUCGUGCUUCUUUCCGGGACAGGAGAACAGGUAACGGGAACUUUACGGGCGAGAUGACCCAAUUCUGGGGAUGGUGGGCACCCACGUAAUAGAGAUGACGGGGAAAACGGACUUCGUCGAGCUUGAUAUUCAUAUCGACGCCAAUGCUGACGUUAUUGACUGCGGGAUGCAUGGGAAAAUGUAGUCCUGAAUCGAGUGCUACAAGUUACAAGAUCUAUAUGCCGAAAAAUAUUUUUUAACAUCGAAAAGUCAAAUGCAAUUUUUAAACAUCCGCAUUCCAGAAAUAGAAUAGUUUCUCAAAGCAUCAACCAUUAACUUCAUUGCUUGAUAUCAAGAAACAUUACCUUCACAUUUUCUGCGCUCUCAAGACAAAAAUUCGGCAUUUGGAUUUUUUUAAUUUGUAGUAUUUUGUCCUCGCAAACGUGAUACGUAUAUUCGCGUUCGCAUACAUGUAUCCUCCAUUAGACGUCAGUAGUCUUCCACAAAAGCUUCUUUUGCAGCAAAACGGCCGUUAAGACUUUAUAGCUUUCUCAUUGUGAUUUUUGCGUUCAAUCGCGAGCGAACGUUAUGAUUUGCGUCACGAGAGUGUGCGUUUACGAUUUGUAAAAUUGUUGUCCUCUUGCUGUUUUCCAUGUAUAGAUACAAUUUCUAUAAAUCUCAAGUUAUUUUCGAUAUUAUCGAUAUUACGAAUAAAUCGUGAAGUAACGUUAAACAAUGUAAAGAAAGUAAUAGUUUUCCUCAUAUUUUAUCUCAUAAUAAUCUGUUUACUUUUAUGCUUUGAAGAUCGGAAAACGAGAAUAUAUUCAUGGAAUAAUAGAAACACAAUAUAAAGUUCUCUGGAUAUUGUUUUCCUGAUCGUUAUUUACCUGUCUUUCUUUUCACAUUUGGAAAUACAGUUAUGAGAUAUAAUCAUUGUUGUGAUUAAGUAUUUCCGAAAAAGGAAACUUAUAUUUCCAAUUUAUACAUAGACUAUUCUGAUCUCUUCUUAGUUAAUCUAUUUUAAAUUUACUUUAUUAUUAUAGAAUUCCAUUUUACGUCUCUGAACUUCAUGUUAUUAUCAUUACUCUGUACGACAGUUUGCUUUAAUAAGACGUUAAUAACACUCUCGUACGCGGAAAACGAUCGCCAAUCACAGCGAACUUAAUCGACCAAGUGUACGCUUAUGCAGCCAACACUGCCAGGACUCUCGCGUGAACGAGGGAAGUCCGCAAUCACGCUAGGGAAUGCAUUAUAGGCGCAAGAUCAUUGAGACAGAAAAAAUAGAAGGAGAAGGAGAGAGAGAGAGAGAGAGAGAGAGAGAGAUUGAAAGAGAAACGAUCGCUUAGGUACAUGCCACUUUAUGCUUUCCCAUCACUCCUCAUACACAUAUCCGUCGUAAUUUUUCUUCAUAGUGAUGGAAGUAACUCGAUGUUUAGGUAUCUUGAAAUAUACGGGUUUUUUCCCCUCGAACGUAGCUGAGCUCGAGGACGAUGCGUUUCCUGGAAGAUUCUACCCUGCGCGUUAACGAUCGUCUCGAAGAUCUUGUCUCGAAGAGUCCACUUGCCAGUGCACGAUUUGUGUUAGGACAGUCACAGACUUCUACUGCGUCUUAAGCAUCAUAAUUCAUCGAGAGGAGCAUAAUGCAACGUCAUUUCGCUCCAUUACUUAGAUCCGUAUGGUUUCCACGCAUCAGUGCUAAAUGUAGUAAAGUUGGAUAGUUUCGAGUUUCACCGAGGUAGUAUAUCGUAUUACGUGUUUGACGUAAAAGAGACUUUAAACAGACAUUAACUCUGUGCAAUGAAAAUGUAAAGUAUUUUAUCACGAAAGAUUGAUUAGAUUGCAAAAUCGGUCUAAAAGAUAUUCGAAUUUUAAGUGUGCUUAAGAGUGUUAAUAUAUUAACCGAUCAAUGCCUCGUAGCCUCAAGAGUCAAGACAAACAGUUUCAUAUAUGUUAAUUGUUUAUCAAGCUAGAUUUAAAAUUGUUAUAUCGAUCAAUUGUAAUAAAAAUAUGCAAAAUAUUCUUAGUAAGUGGUGUUUCAUAGAAAUUAUUCUUUUCAUGUACAAAAAUUGCAUUGAAAAAAUAAAAAUUCAAAAAAUAAAUCAUGAUACUAUUUUUAUUCAAAUUAAUUAAAUAUGAUACAUCACGUACAAAUGUGAUCGCAGAACUAUAUUAGUAUGAUACUUGAUAUCUGAAUAAAAAUAAUAAUUUUCUUUGCAAUUUACAAAUUGAUGAAAAUGUUGAAAUAUCAUUUCCAUAGUAGAAAAUAAUAUUUCACAUUCCUUAUUUAAUAUUGGUUCAAUUCAAAUAGUAUGAAAGCUGACAAUAAAUUUCCGGCAACGCAAAAUUGGUGAACUUCACUAUAAGUACUACUAAUAUAUCUCGCAUACGAAGAUGCACGAAUGCAUUCUGUCGCGUUAAUAUUAAUCAGUGAUAUCCGUCAACAAGGCGUACCGUUAAUUCACCGUCCGCGGACACCGGAAUGUCCGUCGGGGAACCUUUUGGGGCUACGAGACGGUCGAAAGACAGAAAGAGCCUGUCGAUUUCGGGUGCCGCGGGUCGCCACAACAGCUACAACAAGAACAACAGCAACGGCAACAGCUGGGAAACAGACGCGCGUGUUAGUAGGCGCUUCAGAGUUGAUCGUGACGAAACAUUAAUGGCCUGCUGUCUCUCUAUGUGUGUUGCAGCGGCAGUGCUGGCAAGUCAGCAGGCCGCCGCGGUAGCCGCCUCGGUGAUCUCGCCAUUCCCGCCCAAGUGACCCGCGGCCCCCGCCCCCGUUCUACCCGGCGGAACCGCCGGGGGCAGCUCCGCCGCACAGGCCCACCACACGCAUCCUGCGGCAGCGAGCGGCGCGUCCGGUGCGGGACACCCGCACGGCACCGCUGCCAGCGGUGGCAGGCAGCCGUAGGAAGCAUGGACAAGAGCGAGCGAACAAGCGGGUGUAGCCGAUACGGGCCGCCGCGAGCUGCGGAGAUGUUCCACGUGCUGCGUCCUCGGCCAGACCAGGAUCAAGGUGUAGCCAGUAAAGAGAGAUGUUCCUCACGGUUGCGAAUGUGGUGCCCGCCCGUUCCCGACAAUUGAAAUUGGAAUUCUGAAAGAUUUCAGACAUUUUCUGAAGGAUCAAGACAUUGGAACGAUAUAAGGAUUAAUACGGUUAAUGACACAUGGUGGAUGAUUUUACUACUCCUCAACAAUGACUGAAGUAUCAGGAAGUCUGAAGACUGGAUGAGAUAGCGAAGACUGGUUGGGUUUGCUGAUGGUUCACCGACGUUAGGGGAUAACGACGACGCUGAUACAGCCACGAGAGUAGGAGAGGGAACGGUGGUGUGUUUGGUGUGUUGUGUUACUCGCUUCCCUCGAUGAUACUAAUUGGGGCUUUAGGAUGACAAUGUGGUUCCAUGUGGUACCCUCCGCAAACUGAACUAAAUUAGGAUGCGGAUUCCAGACGCUAAUUGUGGUGGUCGAAACUGCGAAUCACGACCGUUGACGAUAUCAGAACAUACGGACGAAGUCAAGAAGACUCUUGCGAGACUCUCCCAGGAAAUUCGCGACUUUCCAAAUUUAGGUCUCGACGGGCGAGCGAUAACGAUACAUAUAUCGAAUUCGGACGUACGACAAGAGACUGAACCCGACCCCGACGCACAAAUACGAUAUAUCCAACCUUCGGACGUCAUCUAACAAAGUGAGCUGAUCGUGAUAGGUUCGAUGAGACGAUCGUUAGCGAACAAUCCUUCGACGAGAUGGACGAAGAUGUAUCGAAGACGCAUCAAAUCGAUGGUCGCGCGACGAGAGGACGAGUUUUCUCCUUACGCACUUCUGCGCCGAACGUCGCGAUGCCCUCUCACGUCUGUCCCCCGUGAAUUCACGUGCGGACGAGCCCAACUCGUUGGAUAUACCUUGUGUAAAUAGUGUAUGUAUGUCGAAAGACACGCGCCGCGUAGCGUACAGACUAGCCUUCGGCUGGUGUAAACAUAAGUGAUCAGAAGCUCCGGUCUUGGUUCGAGGAUCGAGAUCUUCGAUGGAUUUCGAAGAGCACGACCCGUCUCGCGAGAUGGGCGUCCUCAAGCAGGAUCACGAGCAAAUACCGCCUUGUUUUAACGUAUACUGAGUUCGCUCAGUUUACCGCCAAAAAAAUCGCGCUGACUCCUCGUGAUGAUGCUAGAUUCUGGCAAACUCGAUUUCUCUUUUCAUUCUGAUAUGCAAUCCUUAGACGAACGAUGUCUGGAUAGGACUGUAGCUUAGAAAGAAACGGAGAAUUAUUGAAAAAAUUUUUGUCUAAACUUGUAGAGAGCCUAGUAUCUGAGCCGGACCAUCCAAGGGUCUAGUCCGUACCGGGAUGAGGCGUGAGACGCGCGCGACGGCGGUCGCGAGGAGCAAGCGUCUCGUUAGACUGAAACACGCGAGGACGAACGGCGCCGUCGGCGUCCCCGCGUUCACGAGGGCCGCGCUGGCACGGCGAAAAAUCGUUGAGCGUGAAUUUAAGUGCGUGCCCGGGUGCGAGCGCGGCUCCAUCCCCGACUCUCAGACUCGAGCGUGUGUGUCGAGGCGAAGUGAAGUUUUUAUCGAGCGUUUAGAAGCUUAGGAGCGAAGCGAGCGAUCGUGUAGCCGUGUGCGUGUGCGCGUGUGUAAAAGAGAAGAAAUAUAGCGAUCACGUAGACGAAAGAGAAUAGCGAAUCGCGUGUGUCGAUUGCCUUGUAUAAGCAUAAUGCGUAUAUGCGGGUGAAUGUGCGUUUCCGCGAAUGUAUGGUAAAUGUCGAUGUAUUUUAUUGUAAAGAGACAAGAAAAAGAUUGUAAGAAUUACAUGAGCGCAAACUUCGAUUUUUGUAGAGAAAUUGUAUAAUUCGCUGAUAACUUGUCUCUUAGGGGAACGGAGAGUUCACGAGUGCGUAUCGAUCGAUCGCUUAUAUCGAUAAUGUGACUAGAGAUCAAGGGAGACGGAAAGAGAGCUCGUCCUCGUGAGGCGCGUACAAUUAAAAGGAAGAACGAGAAGAAAGAAAGAAGAGAAGCAACACGUAACGCGAUGAUUCUAAAUAAUUAAGUGACGUUAAGUGGCUAUAAAUUCGAUACUAGAAAACGCUAUUUGUUUAUUAAGGUAAUGGUAACCAGUGAUGCGCUAAAGUUAGAAAAAGGAAAAGAGGGACGGAGAAGGGGGCAGGGGCGAUAUCAAGUGAAUAGGUAAAUAAGAGAGAGAGAGAGAGCGAGCGAGAGAGAGAUGCAAAAUUGCAUAUGCAUAUGCGUAACUAUAUGUAUAAAUAUAUAUGUACAUAUAUGUAUGUAAAUAUACAUACAUAUAAAUACAUAUAAAUAUAUAUUUAUAUGCUUAUGUAUAUAUGUAUGUGUACGUGUAUGUAUAUGUAUGUAUAAAUUACAUGUUUGUUCCGUAAUGACUAUCAUGAUUAUGAUUAUUAAUUAUAUUAUUUUAUUACUAUCGUCAGUGUGAGGCGAGGGAAAAGGAGACACAGAAAGGAAGAGACGGAGAGAUAGGCGGUGAUAAAAUUUUUAUCGGACAACGUUCGCAAAUGCCAAAUCAAAAACUAUGAGAACGGUCGAUGAUGCGUUUUCGCAGUAGGAGAACAAAAAAAUAUUUAAUAAAAUGGAGAAUAGGAGAGAAUGGCAAAACACAAUAUACGCAUCCAUUUUGUCGAACAUAAACGAAACCGCGAUAGAAACGUGCGCGCGCACUUUUCACAAGCGUGAGAAUUGCGUGUAUGUAUGUAUAUCUGUGUGUAUACGUAUCAGUGAGAGAAAGGGGGAAUGAGUGAAAGAAAUAAAAAGUUGAAAACUGCCUCAGUUUUAGUGGGGCGCCCAGCGGACAAAGGGGUGGGCUUUAAAAGAAAUACGUGCUGGUGCUGCGCUGUGAUUUUUGUAAAAAAGAAAAAACGCGUAAUAAAAAGAGGAGAAAUCGAUCGAGAGGGAGAAAGAGAGAGAGAGAGAGAGAGAGAGAUAGAGAGCGCACCAAGAAACGAGGAGCCUGAUCCUGCGGGAUCUUCAUGAACAUGAGAAAAAAGUACGAAACGAUGAAAAGGAAAGAAACACGCAGAGAGAUAGCCUGAGUACCUGGAUCCUGCCCUGGCCGCGCCUGCCUCCGCGAGCGGAGUUGCAGACGAGAGAAGGAAAGAGAGAGAGAGAAAAAGAGAUAAAUGAGAUGUGAGGAAUGAGAAUGAAUGGGAGAGAGAGAGAGCGAGAAAGUGCGCCGCGUCGUUUUCUUCAUUUGUACAGGCUGUAAAAUGUAUUCGCUUUUAAUAAGAAAGAAAAAAAAGAAUUUUAAUAUAGAUCGUUAAUCGCUAAUUAGGGGAUAUAUAUAUAAAUAUAUAUAUGUAAAGCGAGGAGAAUGGGAGUCGUCGUCUCCGAAUCGCAGCCCUCGCAAUCAGAGAGUCUUAUUGUACCUACACUCGAAUCGCACGUUACCGAGAGACAGGGUUGCAGCUUCGUGGUUCAAAUAGGACGAACCCGUCCUUGCACUCUUCCUGCCCCCCGUCUGCCCCCGCUCGUCCUACGGGCACGCGAGAUCCCCUGAGACGCGCAACUCGCCCACGUGUAAUAGAAAGCGAAUGUAAUUAGCAAUUGGAGACAACCUCCGUGUUCCGAGGAUACGACACUGUAGCGAGUACUAUGCAUAUUUGCCAGAACGUUGCAUAAUCGAUCGCGAGUAUCGUGAGAGAAAGAGAAGCUCGUCGUGUGUGUGUGUGUGAGAGAGAAAGAGCGAGGAUGAAUAGGUGCAGUGUAGGCGUGCGUGUGCGUGUGUGGAUGCGUGUGCAUGCGUAAGAGUAGAGCGAGAGAUAUAGGUAAGCGCGAGUGGUAAACGCUGCGAGAAGAGAACUGAGACAUAACAUAAUAAACCAGGACCCUUAUUCUCGUCUCCUUUUUUUUAGAAUGAUAUAAAGAUAGUGAGUCGUUGCGCUUUAUAUAUUAUACAUCUCGAGUAUAUGAAUAUACGAGUAAACAUAACGUGCAGAAGCAGAGGUACAGAAGAAAAAAAAAACAUCUUGCAGGCAUCUUGUCGUUAAAUUGUAAGAUAUUGUGUUCAAACUCCAGAAUGUACUCUGAUCCCCUUCCUCAGACUACUAUAUAUUAAAUAUAUUGUGCACUAUGCUCCAACAUUGUCCAUACAAAUAAAUAUAUUGAAAAAUCUCAAAA